UCCGAACUCCUCGGCACAAUGAUCCUCGUCCUCUUCGGCGACGGUGCCAUCGCCCAGGUUACUCUCAGUGGGGGAUCGAAAGGGGAUUAUCAGUCUAUAUCAUGGGCGUGGGGACUAGGAAUCCUCCUCGGAAUCUACACCUCCACCCGCUCCGGCUCGCACCUCAACCCAGCCAUAACAUUCACAAACUGUCUCCUGCGCCCAUCCAGACACCCCUGGUCUAUCCUCCCAGUCUACACCCUCGCGCAGACCCUCGGAGCCAUCAUCGCCGCAGGUCUCAUCUACGCCAACUACCACUCCGCCAUUGACGUCCACGAGGGGCGUCCUCACGCGCGCUCCGUCCCCAUCACCUCCUUCUCCUCCCCUUCAUCCUCCAAAAUGACCGGCCCCGACGCAAUGGCCGUGUCGAACGCGACAGCAGGCAUAUUCAGCACCUACCCGGCGCCAUUCAUGACUCGCUCGGGGGCGUUCUUCUCGGAGGGUUUGGCGAGUGCGAUUCUUAUGUUCAUGGUUCCUCCUCCCCCUACUACCCCCCAAGAACAAAGAGGAGGAGAAUUAAUCCUCCCCCUAGGCCUCUUCUUCACCGUCUUCGGCAUCGGCGCCAGUUUCGGCUGGGAAACGGGCUAUGCGAUGAACCUGGCGCGUGAUUUCGGGCCCAGACUUGUGUCUUGUGUGGUUGGGUAUGGGAGGGAGGUGUGGACUGCUGGGGGGUAUUAUUUUUGGAUUCCUAUGGUGGCUCCGUUUGUAGGAUGUCUUAUCGGUGGAUCGACCUAUGAUUUGUUUUUGUAUGCUGGGACGGAGAGUCCGCUGUCG